CAAAUAAAGGAAUGUAUUUCAAAAAGUCUGAUUUUGACGGAGUUUUAUUUAUUAGAUAAUUGUUGGAUUAAUUAAUUUAAUAUGGAUGAUUCCUUUGACGCUGAAUUAGCGAAUAUAGACAUAAAUAUUCCUAAUACAUCGUCAGAAUCCAAUAAAGUCAAAGUUAAACCAAACAACACUGCACACUGCGUUCUCGUGAAUCCGAAACAAAGAGGAAAUCCUCUCCUCAAAUCAAUUUGUAAUGUUCCUUAUGAAUACGAAGAAAUUAUCCCCGACUAUCAAAUCGGGAGCACAAUUGGUAUUUUAUUUUUAUCAUUACGUUAUCAUAACUUAAAUCCCGAUUACAUUCACAAUCGUUUAAAAUUAUUGGGUAAAAAUUUUGAAUUGAGAGUUUUACUUGUACAGGUUGAUUUAAAAGAUCCUCAUCAUGCGUUAAAAACACUAACUCGUAUUUGUAUUUUGGCUGAUUUGACGUUAAUGUUGGCGUGGUCGCCAGAAGAUGCUGGGAAAAUUGUGGAAACGUAUAAAAUAUAUGAGAAAAAACCAGCCGAUCGAAUUAUGGAGAAAAGUGGCGAAUAUCCACACCAGAGGCUGGUGCAGGCGUUAACAACCAUCAAGCCAGUAAAUAAAACUGAUGCACUAACGCUGCUCAAUAAAUUUGGCACGUUAAAAGGUAUUAUCAAAGCCUCUGAGUAUCAAUUAACACAAUGUCCUGGAUUAGGACCACGUAAAGCUGCAAAAUUGCAUGCUGGAUUGCAUAAAAAUUUUUGCAAAUAA